CACUUUGUCUUUGUAGCCAAUUGUGGUAGCUUUUACUGAAUCCCGUCUUUUUACCGCUAAAACCAAAACUCGCUCCAGUUUUGCGCUGUUAAUCCGAUCAUAUCUGUGUGUUUUAGGAACAAAAAGUGUGGUGAAACUGAGAAUGGGAAUAUCUGGACUGUUGCAGUUCCUCAAAGAUGCAGCAGAGCCCGUCAACAUUAAAAAAUAUAAAGGCCAGACAGUGGCUGUGGACACGUACUGCUGGCUUCAUAAAGGAGCUUUUUCCUGUGCUGAGAAGCUUGCUAAAGGGGAACCGACUGAUCAAUAUGUGUGGUACUGCAUGAAGUUUGUGGAUAUGCUGUUGAAUUUCUCAGUUAAACCCAUCCUGGUGUUUGAUGGACGCAAUCUGCCUUCUAAACAGGAAGUGGAAAAGACUCGCAGAGAGCGCAGGGAAGCCAACCUUCAAAAAGGACGACAGCUGCUGCGUGAAGGGAAACUGUCAGAGGCCAGAGACUGCUUCGGACGUUGUGUUAACAUCACCCCCGCCAUGGCUCAUAACCUUAUUAAGGCUGCGAGGCAGAGGGGGGUGGACUGCAUUGUGGCCCCUUAUGAAGCCGAUGCUCAGCUAGCCUAUCUGACUAAAACUGGGUUCGCUCAGGCUGUCGUCACUGAGGACUCUGACCUGUUGGCAUUUGGCUGCAAAACCGUAAUUCUCAAAAUGGACAAGCACGGCAACGGAAUAGAGAUAGAUCAGAAGAACUUGGGCCGCUGUCGCUCCCUGGGGAACGUUUUCACCGAGGAGAAGUUUCGCCAUAUGUGCAUCCUCGCUGGCUGUGAUUACCUGCCCUCCCUGCAUGGAAUCGGCCUCGGAAAGGCCUGCAAGCUGCUCCGGCUUGCCAAAGACCCUGACAUUCUGAAGGUGAUCAGAAAGAUGGGCCAGUACCUGAAAAUGAACGUGGUGGUUCCUGAGGACUACGUUGAAGGAUUCGUCAGAGCCAAUAACACCUUUCUCUACCAGCUGGUGUUUGAUCCUGCCAUGAGGAACGUGGUGCCUCUUAAUCCUUACCCUCAACACAUCGACCCAGCCUCCCUCCACUACGCUGGAAUAAAUCUAGGAGAUGACAAAGGCUUGGAUAUGGCCUUGGGAAACAUUGACAUCAACACCAUGGAGAGGAUAGAUGACUUCAGUCCAGACAGCCCCCGUCCACAGGCGUGCAAAGCUCGCAGCAACAGCUGGAGCAGCUGCCCGUCUGCAGCAGGAGUCAGCAUCUGGAGCAAGAGCUUCAGGCCAGGUUCCACUGCUCCUCCCUGCCCUGACGUUUCCGCAGAGAAGCCACCCUCCACCAGGGGGCAGGAGAGAGUCAUCAGCCUGGACCACCUGAGGCUGCAACACAGAGAGCAGCCGCUGAAGAGGCUGAGAGAAGAUUCUUGUGUAUCGGAUCAAGACGUUUUGCAGCAGUAUUCCAGUUCAGGGCUGAAACGUUCCAAGUUAGAGCCGCGGCAAGACAAGCCGACCUCCAGCAGCCAGCCUCGGCCACAGAACUGCUUCGCCUUCACCACCCUGCUGCAGCGGAGAAACCACGAGUCCCAGGACGAUGGCAGGCAGGCCACCCACAGCAGAUUCUUCAGCAAAUCAAGUUCAACAAUUACUGAGAGCACCGAGGCGUCUGCUGGGGACCCAGAGCGGACAGUUGGGGACCCUUCUCAGGACCAGUCUUCACUCGGUGAAAGGGACGGUCCUGAUGUUCCACCUGUAGAGACACCCAGCCCUCCUACCUCCCCUGCCAAAACCCCCCCCACCUCAUCCAGUGAGGGGCCGAAGCUGUUCCAGUGGUCAGGCUCCGCCUCCUCCAGUGCUGGGCUCUGCAGAGCGGCAAAGACCCCCUCAGGCCUCCUCGCCCUGCAGCAGUUCCACUACAAAAGAGAGACUUCCUCAACUCUUCAGACAUCUUGUCAGCUUUCUGCAGGCUCUAAUUCCCCUGAGAGAAAAUCUGAGAAUGAGGAUCCUGGUCCAGAGUCUCCCCCCUCCCAGGACAGUGCUUACUUUUCCCAGUCCCUGUCCACUUCCUUUCACAAAGAGGACGUCCUCCCCUUCAGCUGCUCCUUCUCCUCCCAUGAAGAGACUGAGAUGAAUUCAAGCACUGAUUCAGAACCGGUGACAGAAAGCCCCGCUUCCUUCACAGAGACCUGCAGGAAACCAGGCAUGCUGGGGUCAAAGGUUUCCGGACUGUCCAAGCCGAAAUCCAGCACGCGGAAUCAGGCGGUGAACACGUCGACGUUGGGCCCAGCCAGAGCCAGCGGUCUGAGGAAGAAGGCUGCAGGUUCUGGGAAGAAAUGUUCCUCAGCCAAUAACGAGAACAACCCUGGAGUGCAGGCCACCAUAAGCAGCCUCUGGAAGAACUUUAGCUAUAAAAAGGAAACUGUGAAGGUCAGCUCCUCCAAGAAAGGAGAGCCGAUGUCUCCAGUGAAAGACAACCUGCUGCUUCCUCAGCCUACAUGAGCUCAGAGGGCAGAGGGCAUCGCUUUGCUUGCUGCUCUGAGAGCAAAGCUUUUACACAUACCAUGUAUGUUGUCAAUAAUUUCUCAUCAACUUGUAAACUGUAUUUUUAAAUAAAUAAAAACAUCUUCAGCAUCCAAACAUGUCCCAUGUGGAG